AUUAAAGUUAACGAAAAUGAAAUUCCACGCUUCGAAUCUCCGUAGCAAUCACGAUUCACGGGCACUUUCUUCUAUGCCUUCAAAUCCACCGCCAAUUCGGCCUCCAAUCGGCUCCACUCCUCUGCGCUUCUCAGCUCCAGGAAAUGGCGUCGAACAUCGGUGCUUGUCCACGCGCAACCCCGCGCGCCGCUGUAAUGUGUCGUCAAAGCUCCAAGUUCUCCGGCAUAUCCAUCGUUGAACUGUCGACCUACUCGGGACCGAGAGUGAAGGGCAGACCCGGAGGGAGACAACAGAGCUGGAGAAUUAGGGCUUCGAAUGGCGGCGAUUCGUACCUUAGCAUGUGGAAGAAGGUGGUGGAGCAGGAGAGGAAGGUUGCCGAGUUCCAAAGACUCGCCGACAAGUCGGCCGGAGUUGACGGUAACGUUGAUGGUUGGGAAGGUGAGAGUCCGGAGGUCUUGGAGAGGAAGAGCAAGGAGUUCGAGAAGAUACUGGAAGUUCCUACGGAGGAACGGGACAGAGUUCAGAGAAUGCAGGUGAUCGAUCGGGCCGCCGCUGCGAUUGCCGCCGCCCGCGCCGUUAUGAAGGAGAGUUUGUCACCGCCCAAUGAGGUUUCUGAUGGUGCUAGUUUGGGGGCUGAGUUUGGUGGACACAUCCAUUCUCAGCAAAGAGAAGCACAGAAUGAGAGCUUGAUCAGUUCUCAGUCAACUGGUGUUGAAAAUGGCACACCAGGUCCGGAUUUUUGGUCCUGGACACCUCCUGCAGAAAGUGAUUCAAAAUUUGAUGAUGAAAGUCACAGGACGUUGGCCAGACAAACGUAUCAAUAUCCUAUUAAUGUGAACCCUGUGAUUGAGAAGGAGCAAUCUGUAGACUUUCUUGCCAUCCCCCUUGAGAGUAAACUUUCUGAAAGCAAACACUACCCUCCCCUUCCACCUCUUCAGUCACUAAUGGAGGUUGAGAAAUUGGAUGCUUCUACUUUCGGUCAAGAGCUGGAGAAUGCAGAAGGGAAACGUAUUGCUGACAUUCAAUUUUCAGCUCAUGCAGCAGAAGCAGCUGAUGCGCUUAAAACAGGGAGUGAGACGUCAACACAAGGAGUCAAUCCUGAUGGAUCAAGGUGGUGGAAGGAAACCAAAGUUGAACAAAGGCCUGAUGGUGUUGUUUGCCGGUGGACACUGACCAGGGGGGUCACCGGUGACAAGGCCCUUGAGUGGGAAGAGAAGUACUGGGAGGCAGCCGACCAAUUUGGCUAUAAGGAGCUUGGUUCAGAGAAAUCAGGACGCGAUGCUGUUGGAAAUGUUUGGCGUGAGUUUUGGAAAGAGUCAAUGUGGCAGGAUCAUGGACUUGUGCAUAUGGAGAAAACAGCGGACAAGUGGGGAAGGAAUGGCAAAGGCGAUGAGUGGCAGGAGAAAUGGUGGGAACGCUAUGAUGCCUCCGGCCAAGCAGAGAAAUGGGCUCAUAAGUGGUGUAGCAUUGAUCCUAGCACACAGCUUGAGGCUGGUCAUGCUCAUGUUUGGCAUGAAAGGUGGGGUGAGAAGUACGAUGGGAAGGGUAGCAGUGUGAAAUAUACUGACAAAUGGGCCGAACGUUCAGAGGGUGAUGGCUGGACAAAAUGGGGUGACAAAUGGGACGAGCACUUUGAUUCGAAUGGUGAUGGAGUCAAGCAGGGGGAGACAUGGUGGCAAGGUAAGUUUGGAGAACGAUGGAAUCGCACUUGGGGGGAGGGCCACAAUGGUUCUGGAUGGGUGCACAAGUAUGGCAAGAGCAGCUGUGGCGAGCAUUGGGACACUCAUGUGCAGCAAGAAACAUGGUACGAGAGGUAUCCACACUUCGGUUUUCAGCAUUGUUUUGACAACUCAGUCCAGCUUCGUGAGGUUCGAAAACCAUCUGACUGGUCAUGAUGAGACAUUGAUCUUGUUUCAGUUCUGACACUAUAAUAGAGCAAAUGAAAUCUUUUUCUAGCCAGCCGUUGCAAUACGAGUAAAUUAAACCAAAGUUUAUACCUGCUGUAUUUAUUUUCUCAAUCACAGCUGUAUCAUUGAACAUCAACAGUUUCAUGCAAUAAAAGUUGUCUAUUUCUUCGCA